AUGGCCAAUGGGCCAAUGGUCUCCACCGCCAGCCCACCCCACACCGCCACAACCGGCUCGCUCGCUCGACGCCGACGCGACGCUUCCAUCCGUCCGUCCGUCCGUCGUCCCACGUUCCCGCUUUCCCAAUUUUCCACGACACGCCACGGGCACGGGUUCCCUGCUUCCCUUUCCCCGCGACCCCACCGAGGCACCGACACCGCGGCGGGCGGCGCGCGGCCAUGGGACGGCGGCGACGGCGGCGGCGAAGACCGCUCGGCGGCGGUGCGCGCCGAGGAGUCCGUCUCCGGCGGCGUCGACGUCGACGUCUGGAGCGAUGCCGUCUCCUCCCACGCGCCGGACCACCUCCUCGUCAUGGUCCACGGCAUUCUCGGCAGUACUGCUGAUUGGCAAUACACAGCUAACGAAUUUGUAAAGCAACUCCCUGACGAUGUCAUUGUGCACUGUAGUGAAAAAAAUACAUCAAUGUUAACUUUAGAUGGAGUUGAUGUCAUGGGGGAACGCUUAGCAAAUGAGGUGCUUGAUGUAAUUAGUCGAAGGCCAGAACUCACCAAAAUUUCUUUCCUUGCACAUUCCGUGGGAGGAUUAGCAGCAAGAUAUGCAAUUGCAAAACUUUACAGACAUCCAGACAGCGUGUCUGAUGGAAACACUAAAGGAACCAUCUGCGGUUUGGAAGCAAUAAACUUUAUUACUGUAGCAACGCCUCACCUUGGUUCACAAGGGAACAAGCAGGUUCCACUCCUGUUUGGCUCUGUUGCAAUGGAAAAGGUUGCUUGCCGCGUCGUUCAUUGGAUAUUUAGGCGAACUGGUAGACAUCUCUUUCUAACUGACGAUGAUGAAGGGCAGCCUCCACUGCUGCAGCGGAUGGUUGAAGAUCAUGACGAUCUCUACUUUAUAUCUGCUUUGCGAGCAUUCAAGCGAAGAGUGGUGUACGCAAAUGCUGACUGUGAUCAUAUUGUUGGCUGGAGAACAUCAUCUAUUAGAAGAAACACUGAGCUUCCUGAGUUGCCAGUAUCGUCAUCUGAGAAGUACCCCCACAUUGUACAUGAGGAGUUUUCAGAAGAAAUCGAUGAUGAUAAGUGCCAAGAUUGCAUGACAGAAUGUGAUAUGGACGUUCUGGAAGAGAAAAUGGUGACUGGGCUCCGAAGGGUGCCGUGGGAGAAGGUGGACGUGAGCUUCCACAGCAGCAUGACGAGCUUCGCUGCACACAGCAUUAUUCAGGUGAAGUACGCGUUCAUGAACGAGGGAGCGGAUGUGAUACAGCACAUAAUAGACCACUUCCAGCUCUGCUAG